GAAAGCACUUCAUCGAUGUCUCGAAUCUGGGUCAAUGUGGUUGUUUAUUAAUUUAGCGUUUAUUUAUGAAUAUUGAAAGGGUGUAAACUGAUACAUAAAGUGUUUGUCUUGCACGUUAAGUGGUUAUAAACCAUAUGUAAAAUACUGUAGUAAAAGGAACGCGUCUAUGGAUAGAGAGUGAUUUAUUGUGCGACACUUUCAAAUAGAGAGAACCUUUUUUGUGAAAGAGAGGGUUUAUAUAGUAAUGACUGACCGAAAUAUCGUAUGAUGAUAGUGAAUUGGAAAUCGAAAAUCUCUGAGCAUAAUUUUGUUUUCAAAAUUUGUCUAAAACACCAAUAAUCUACUUGUGUGCUUUUUAUUAUCUUACCUAGUAAAUAUGUCAAAAAGGAUAACGGAGUUGUUUCUAUUCACAUUUAGAUCGCCCAUCGUGAAUUGAUAUUAAUACAACUGUAUCACCCUUUGUAGUUUCGCAUGGGCUUGUAUGUACUAUUCCUGUCGCUGAAUUCAGAGAGUUUACUAGGUUCGAACUUGUUUUAAACUGUCGCCAUUACUUGGAAUAGUGAACUCAUGAAAACAGAAGAAAAUCAAUGUGUCGCCCAUCAUUAAAUCACGUGAACCUGUUUCAAAUCUGAUACCACUUAAUAAAUUGUCUGCAGCCUUUACUGUAUUUACUUUAUGUCUAAAGACAGAAAAUAAUAAACGUCGUAACCAAAUCGUUAGAAACAACCUUCAGUCCUAUAUAAGAGUAAUUCUCUAAUGCAGUGUAUUUAUGUUUAUGUCUGCAUAGUAAAAUGUUAUUUUAAAUCUUAAAAAAGUACCAAAAACAACAUGAGUUUUUAAUAUCUACUAAGGAAAUACCGGUAUUCACAAAACAUUACUUGCAACCGGAUAGAACUAUACUCGGGUAUUGUGGCUGGCAAACACAUUUUUUAAAGACUGGAACAACUGAAUUCAAAUCACAUACUACGCAAAUUCCACGUAAUAUGUGUUUACACCAGAUAUUGUUAUCUAAAUAAAUCAUUUUAAAGUUACACGUCGGUAUCAAAUAAGAUUUCCAUAAAACAGGAAACUUUUGAUUUUCUAUGUAGAAUAUUCGGAUCCGCUUGUAACAUAUCUAGUUUUACAUGUCCAUCAUCUAAAUGAAAAUGUGCUCUGUAUAUAAGAAUUUUUGCAGACUUUCAGCAAGAUUUUUAAUUAUACUCUCAUGUUUCCAUCUUGUAAGUCUCAUAUUGCAGAUACCAAUCCAUGGUACCCCGCAGAUGAGCUCACAUAGAUUCAAAGUGAUUAAUUUUCAAGUCCUCUAAGCCCGAUUGUGCAAAACAUGAAAUCAAUGUAAACACACUCCAAUCAAAUUGUUCCCAGACGUCCUUGGUGCUCCAAGACUCUUUUGGGUUUAUAGAAGAUAACAUUAGUUGAUAUGCACCCUAUAGCCCUGAAUCCUAAUGAAUCAUUUCAUCAGAAUUCAGCCUUAAAAGAACGGAAUAUUCGCCAAGAAAGCAUAAUCAAUGGAGACACUCUGGAGAAAUCUCAUCAGCACUGUCUUAGUGAAUGUGGGAGAUUUCAUUAAGACUCCCAUUUGAAGAAGCAGAUGACAAAAACCCUCUCUCGAUAUUCUCCUCUUUUCUCGUUACAUCUUACAUACGAUAAUACAGAAAAUCUUUCAAGUCCGCCGCUAUAUUACUCCGAUUUUGAUCACGGAUCAAUAGGUUGGGAAGACAGGGAUGCUUUGGUAGAACUCGCCUGAUGAUUGUGUAGAAAGAAAUUGAUGGCUAUAUUAAGUAUUCGGUAUUGUUGCAUAUUACAAUACUAACAACUUUUGUUGUGAAAGGAGUUUGUAAAUAAAAAAAGCUUGGUGGACUGCCGUGAACAUGAUUUCUCAAAGAGCAAACAGUUUCUGUCGGCCUUUGGUGGGAUCUGAAUAUUGAUUCGUUGUAAUUGUUCCAUUGACGACACUGAACAUACCAGAAACUUGCAUGGUCUGGGAUUUCAUUGUAAACUGGCAUGCCAAUAAGCAGACGAUCUCAGAAGUAAACAUGUAAACACAAUUCCUUGAGGAAUGGAGAAGAUCAAGACGUUUAUCAUUGAUCUAGAGAACCCCCUGGGAGUGUAUUACCUGGGACAGGUAGUGAGAGGCGAAAUAAUACUAGAACUGGACACCCCUGUGAAGAUUAGAGAAAUAAGAAUCUCAUUUCGCGGAGAGGCAUAUGUUGAUUGGCCGAGUUCGUCAAAUCCUAAUGACAAAACUUCCGGUCCAAAGAAAGGUGGCUUCCGGUUGCCAACAGAUGACCAUUAUUCAGCAUCCGAAGAGUACUUUAACCGAACAAUUCCACUGUUCGGAAAAGGCAGAGGGGAAGGGGAACACAAUAUCUUCCCUGUGGGUCGUUACACCUUUCCGUUUGAUUUUGGCCUCCCGGAUGCUCUACCCUCAUCGUUUGAAGGCCCUUGGGGCUACGUCCGGUACUUCAUUAAUUCCACUCUGGACCGACCGAAUAGUUUCAACAUAAACUACAAGAGACCGUUCACCCUGAUAGCUCCAUUAGAUCUGAAUUCUCAAAGGAAUGUGUUGCAUUCCACCACUAACAGGGGAUCCAAACGAAUGUGCUGUCUGUGUUGUAAAUCGGGUCCCGUCUCGGGGACCAUUCAUCUGGACAGAAUAGGAUUUGUUCCUGGAGAAGAGAUCAAUAUAAACGUCGAAAUUCAAAAUCUGUCUUCGUUUGAUUGCGACGUUUGGGCUAUUUUGGAGAUGAAAACAAUAUACUUUUCCACAUCACGCAAAGUCCCGACCAUUGCUAACGGAAUCAAAAAUCAACUCAAACGGAAGCCCUCUGAGGACAAGAUCUCGGAAGUAUUGGUUUUCCCGCCGAAAAAUGGCGCCAGAAUGAAGACCGUAAAGACGCGUAAACUGAGAAAAGAAGUUGCCAAAAUCACGCACCCAGGGGUUGAUGGGGGUAAAUCUGUCGUCUGGAAAGAGAGCGGCCUUGUCAUCCCGCCGGUACCGCCCUCUUUUCUGGAGGGGUGCAACAUCAUAGACAUUCGUUAUUUUUUAAAGUUGGUUGUCAAAACCAUUGGCCUCUCGUCCAACCUCGAAAUCCCCAUUGAGAUUAUUAUUGGAACGGUGCCAUUGCGACCGCAGAGUGUGGUACACGGUUGUCUCCCCGUCACCCCUUCCACCCCGCCCAUUAGCGCCACCCUCUCCGUGCCUUCAUUAGAUAGUUACGAUCAGCCUCCCAGUUACUCGGAAAGUGUGCUGGGGAAGAAUGAUAUCACAGACGAAAGCGACGACGAGCACACAGAUGGCCAGCUGAAAUUCGCCCCUUUCUACACCUACUUCAGCAAAACGCAACCCACAGAUACGGAAAACGCGCCCAAGGAUUCCUAAUAAAGGGUCCAUGUUCCACAGUGGAUGAGCUUAAACGUUGUAUAUAGAUCAGCAAUACACACCUAAUUGGAUUAUAAAGUUUCAAAGGAUAUCUAUAUGAACGGCUAAAUGAUAUGAUAUAUAUUAAGAAUAUGAAAUAUUUUUGUAAGAAGUAUAGGCAUGUAUAUUUAUUAUUGAAUAAAUGGUAUUCAUUUAAGAACGUUUUGGAUAAUUCUUGAA